GAAAAGUGUCUUUGCGCACCAUAAAGUCAUAAUAAAGUUAAAUAUCUUGCACCACAGGUGAGAUAUAAGUGCAUACAUGAGCAUAUAGGAGGGUUAUAGUGCUGCCUUGUGAGGUCAGCUCCAGGAUCAAACAGGUGUUAUUAAAGAAAUUUAAACACAUUUUAUAUCUUUUAAUUUUAUUUACAUUUUCAAUUUGAUUGGCUUGUGCAGAAAUAAAGAAAAUCAUAAAUAAUGUAAAAAAAAAAAUAAAAAAAAUUAUAUACAUAAUAUAUAUAUAUAACUAUAAUUGAGGAAUGCAGCAGAAGCAGUGUGGAAAAGUGUCUGCGCACUAUAAAGUCAUAAUAAACUUAAAUAUAUAGGUGUGAUAUAAGUGCAUAUAUGAGCAUAUAGGAGGGUUAUAGUGAUGUUUAUUCAGCCCAUGCUGGAAGUAGUGAGACCCAGCAGCCCGGUGCAGCUCAGGUCUGCAACAGGAGGACCAGGAGGACCAGGCUGCAUCAUGCCUGCUCCUCUCCACCGCAACCCGCCCAGCAGAGCCAGCAGUCCGGGCUGCUGCUGCAGCUGCUGCUGCACCACAAUCAAACUUUUCUGUGCAUUUUUCCACGUCCACCUGCAACCUGCGUUAAACGUAAAUUUUGGCAUCCUAUGCAAAUAUAUGCUGACGUAAAAGAUCAUGUGGUUUUUGUCGUCGAUCCCCCCUAUGAGCAACGAGGAGGUUUUUUUUUUUUUCUCCUUCUCCUCUCUCUACUGUUGUCUUUAGGUUAGCUAUGCUACAAUCUUUACUGUACCCAGCGCUAGCUAUAUGCGCCCCGCACCGCACCACUCGGGAUAUCUGGGAAUAAAUCAACUUCCAGGCUGUCGCACCCUGCAACCAGACACCGCACACAGAUUACCCAGAGUGCCGCUGGCCUGAGGAUCAUCCAGGAGAGAGGCAGAACGAGGAGGACGUAUACUGUGAUUGGAGGAGGAGGUGGAGCAUCAGAAAGAGGAGAAACCUCCUCCGCCUCGAGUGAAGCCCCGCCCCUCUGAGGAAGUGACCUUGAGAGCCGUUGCUGUCUGUGAUGCCCUCCCAUGACGCCCAGGUCGGAAGCUGACAUUGCCAGUGAGCGGGAGACGCCACUGCACAACCGGUCCUGGGCCGGCGCCGUCAGCCGGUUCUCGCCCUCCCUCUCGCACGCUGGAGACUCUGACUCCUCCCACUUACCAGUAUCCACAACCAUCAGCUCCGAUCCACCCCAGUAAGUCCCUUUUAAUAACCGACACGCUGAAGUCCUCAGCCAGCACCAGCAGCAGCAGCCAAAAACCACAGUAUCUUCAACGCAAUCAGCAACACCAGCACCACCAUUACCACCAACACCACCACCAGCAGCAACCAUCAUGUCCAGUCGUAGAAAGUCCUCCACCCCGUGCAUGGUCCGGGUCAUCAACGACCUGCCUGAAGAGCAAGAUGACCCCGAGGAUGUAAUGGACAUGGAAAUAUUGGCGGACAACGAUGCGGCAGAAAAAGAACAAUCAGAAUCAUCUGAAUCUGCAGAAAAGAGUCCCCAGCAGGAGGAUUCAGAGAAUCCAGACCAGCAGACGUUUCAGAAACCAGUGGAAAAACAGAAUCCUGAGCCAUUAGAACAAGAGGAGCAGUCGGGUGAAAGAGACCAACCCCCUGUUAUGGAAGACUUAGAAGCCACAGAGGAGAAGGACAGGGAAGACUCUGACCUGGCGUCCCAGAAAAAGCAGCCCAGAGGCUACGAGUGCAAAUACUGCCCGUUUUCAACGCAGAACCUGAAUGACUUUAAAGAGCACGUGGACUCCAGCCACCCUAGCGUCAUUCUCAAUCCGUUGUACCUCUGCGCCGUCUGCAACUUCAACACCAAGAAGUUCGACUCGCUCACGGAGCACAACGAGAGCAAGCACCCGGGCGAGACGAACUUCAAGUUCAAGAGGAUAAAAAUGAACAAUCAGACGAUCUUGGAGCAGACAAUCGAAGGCAAGGACAAUUCAGUCGAAUGCGAAGUGACAAAUGAACGGGGUGACGGCAGCUCUGUGUUUCCACCUUGCAUAUCAACCGCGGUGACAACCCCGGACAAUGUCCAGUCGCUCUAUCAAGGCAGCGAACUGAAAAGCCAGCGGGACGGCCUGAUCCAGAAGAAUCAAAUCACAGCAGUGAACAUCAACGGAACGGUCAUCAUCCCUGAACCCACCAUCCUCCAAGGGCUCCCCCAUGUCACCCCGAUGCUCCAGCGCCCGCCCAACUUUACCUCUGUACCAAAAAUAGCUGUUCCCUUGAACACCACCAAAUAUAACCCUUCUUUAGAUGACAACUUGACGUUGAUCACCUCCUUUAACAAGUUCCCUUACCCGACACAUGCUGAGCUGUCGUGGCUGACGGCUGUCUCCAAGCACCCGGAGGACCAGAUCAAAGUCUGGUUCACCACCCAGCGGCUUAAGCAAGGCAUCACCUGGUCCCCAGAGGAGGUGGAAGAAGCCAGGAAGAAGAUGUUCAAUGGCUCCAUCCCUCCUGCACAUCACACGUUCACCGUCCUGCCUACAAACUCCGUCUAUCAACCGUCUGCCAAAUCCUCCCAGCAGUCCUUUGUCCACACUACAGUCGGGCAUGUCCGGACAACCGCGUCCAAUGGGUUAGUCGCCAUCACAAACUCUCCCGCUGGGGUAGCGAUUGGCUCCAGCCUUUCCCUUAAACGAACCCUGCCAACAUACUUAACGACAGUGUUCGGCCCGGAGUCCAAGCGGCCCAUCAUGGCAGUCGCCCCCCAUUCUGGCGACGCCAAAGACAGGGGCCUCAUGGCUCCUCCGCCCCCUCCUCCCCCGAAAGACCGCCUCCCAAUGGCUCCGCCUCCUGUUCCCAUGGAGAUGAAGAGACCUGUAGCAGUUCCUCUGGUCACCACAGAGAUGAGGAGGCAAUCCGUUACCGUGCCUUUAAUGCCACCGCCGUCGUCAUCACCAUCUUCGUUGCCCAAAGGGAAGAUUCUCUCGAUGUUCGGAAACCCCAAAACAAAGCCGGUGGUGUCGCUUCCCUCCUUAGUCUUUCCACCGCAUUUAACGAGGGGGCUGAUAGUUCCCCCGCCUAUCUUUGCCCCGUCAUUCAAAAACACGUUACUUUUUCCUUUUACUUCGCCCAUCACUUCCAAAGAAAAGCACCCGAAUAGCCAAGCUUCGCCAGAUCUGAAGCUGACGAACUCCCCACCACUUAUCACCCCACAGAUAAGGAGGCCAACCAUCAUCCAGUCCAUUUGCGCUCCGACUAAGGCCCUGACCCAGAUUACAGGGUUCCACUUGGAUAGCAAGAAACUACAAGAGCAGCAAGGAGUGGAAGUGAAAGCCAGCUACCCCAGAGGAGAUAAGGUACUCACUCCUCUGGCCGAGGCCAAUGGGAUAUCUCGCAUGGAUGGCAAAUGGUCCCACGAUCAAACCUCCCUUCAUCACAACAAUGGGUUCCUACAUUUGGAUGGGCUAGCAGUGCUGAAACCAGACUUUCAGCAAAAGUCCUCGGUGCUGACCCAGUUCCCCUUGCUGGAGAGGAUGAAAGGAAAGACGGCGGAACAGCUAAAGAUCUUGGAGGAGAACUUCCUGAGGAACAGCUUUCCCACACUCAGCGAUGUGGACAAUCUGGCGGGCACCACCUGCAUGUCUCACCAGGAAAUCGACAGCUGGUUUGCGGAGCGCCGCGCACUCCGCGACAACCUGGAACAAGCCCUUCUCAACUCCAUGGGCACUAAGAGGAUGGGCACCGGCGGCAUCGCCGCCAUCACCAAGAAACGACUACAUCAGCAGCAACAGCAACACCAAACUCUUCAGCUGAAUGGGAUUCACAAACCAAGCACUGGUGUGGGCUAUCUCAAAAGCCCUCCUCCACCCUCGCACUCCCUGCCCAUCGUCGCACCCUCCAUCCCCAACCAGAAUUCCUGCUCAGUGCCUCCAGACAGCCGAUCCCUGGCGCUCCUCAAGGACGAUUUUGCUCAAACGCGGUGGCCUUCCCCUGAGGAGUUCAGCCAACUGGAGGGUCGGACAGGACGCGCCGAACUCGCCCGCUGGUUCAACGACAGCCGGCUGCAGAGCGGCAGCCUGGAGCUGACGGACCUUUUUCACAACAAUGGAGUGAAUGGAGGGCAGCGGCCGCUCGUGUGCUCUCCCAAAAACACUCCCACCAGCAUCCUGCAGCGCUGUCAGGAAGGAGCCCUAACAAACAACAACAACAACAGCAGUAAGGUGUUGGAGGUUGAGUUGGGCUGGCUAAUGGAGCAGCGCGCCAACAGCUUCAGCAGUCAACAGCACGAUGAGCUCCAAGACCGGUUGGCUGGCAGACUGAGGCAGCAGACCGCGGCGGAGCUGAAGAACGGCGGCCAGAACGGCGGCCAGAACGGCGGCCAGAACGGCGGCCAGAACGGCGGGGUCGUGGGAGGAGCGCGGGAGGUGUUCGGCAGCUGGCUGGAGGACGGACACUCGAGAAGAGGACGGCAGCUGCUGCUGGACCGAGAGAGGAAGAUGACGGAGGACGCGUCUGGGAGGCUGACUGGAUAAACGGUGCGACUAGGAUCUGCCGCCAUCGCUGCCGCCGCCGCCGCUGCUGCUGGAAACAUACAGGAGGAAAGAAAACGAGGUGGACGGAGAAUGAAGCAACAAAAAGAAGAGUUUUUUUUCCAGAUUUUUUUUUUUAUUUCAUCGAUUUUUAUCUCUUGAUUGUCGCAUCCCAGCUCACGCACAACAUUCUCCUCCGUCACGUCGGAGGUAAUCUCGUCAGCGUUCUCGACCCGCAGUGACCCCCCCCCACCCCUCCACAUUCACACAACAAAAGCAUGAGUUUAAAAAAAGACUCGGCGGGGGCUUUUAUUUUAUUUUGGCGAGGCGUAAACACGCUCGCAAAUUGAAAUCAGAAGAGUGCAAGGAGAGAUUCAGGGUCACGAUCUGUGAAGAUAAUUGAAACUGCCCUCCCUUACAGUGAAACUCAAAUUGGUGCUUUCUUUUCAUUUCUCGCAGUAAUGUGAGUUUUACAAUAGUAUUACCAUAAAGGAGCUGAUCCUCGUCUAGUAUAUGCAGAGACGAGGCUCGGCGCACCUUCAGAAAUCAGACUCGUAGGUGAAGACGAGGUUUUCCUUCAGUCGGACACAGUUCUGUAUAGGUAGAUUAGUUAGUAUCUAUACUUAUCAAUAGUGCUGUAUAAGUACAAGUCUUACCAGCCAAUCACAGUUUAUGACUACUGCUACAAACCGCCUGUUUCAUCAGGAGGCAUGGAAGUCAUUCAGGUAAAAAAGGAACAAAUAAAUAAGAUAGCACCGCCCGUUCAGCGGCCGUUCCAUUACCUAUAUGUAAUAUGUAAACCCAUCCGCGGCAACAGUAUAAACGCUCAGAGAAAGUGCGCCGGGAGUGUGUUGACGUAAUUUAAAGAGUGAAAACAGACACACAGGGCCGGCCGGUGGGAGGUGGAUGGAUCCAACAAACACAAGGCUUUCAUCCAGGAGACCGCCGUUCACAUCCCGAGCGUCACGUUACAAUCAGCUGUUCGUUCGUGUCCCGUGUUCACAAUGUUCAGUUUCAUUUUCGCCGAACAAACGCAGUAAGUUUAAGCCCAACCAUGAAGUUCUUUCCUAAACCUAACCUGUCGUAGUUUUGAUGCCAAAAAUAGCGUGACACCAAGGUGCGUGACAACAAGGUGCAUGACACCGAAGUGCGUGACACCGAGGCGCGUGACAAAGUGGCGGUAUGUGAAAAGAUGGAUAAGAAAGUGUUGAUGUUUCCUAAAGAGAAACUAAACACCUCCUGAGAAUCUUGUCUUGGUUGCCCUAACCGUUGUUGGUCUGCCUUUGUCGGUGUAUGGUGUCCUGGGAAUGACACCUUGCUGUUUAUCUCAACCAGUUAACUAAUAUUCUCGUAACAGUGGUGGAUUCCUUUAAAAUUUUCACUAAAUUUGGACUGUAACUUCCUGAUCUUGCCUUUAAAGACGAGGUUUGAUCGGUAUGUUGAAGUCUAACUUCCCUUUAAAAGGAGGAUUUGUUAUCGAUAAAGAGGAUUGGCUGCUUCCCUUUUGAAGAUUUAAAAGUGGGAGUUUGAUUGAUGAUCACAGAGAUUUCCCAAAAGCUUGAUUUCAUUUUGUUAACAUCCUGAACCGUGAUGAACAUUUAGAACUUUCCCUUUAAGAAGAAGCCAGUUUCAUGAUCAGCACCAAACCCUGAACUUCUCCUUUAAGUCUCGGUGAAGGAAGCGGCGUCCGUCUCGUGAGAGGGGAGGAUUAGCAGGUUGUGAACUCUGGCCUGGACGGAUGUUUUCGGCUGAGGUGAUGUUGUGCGUGACCUGCGUUGCCGUGGAGACGCGAGGAGGAGGGUGAAACAGAGCACUGAAUGUGUGCCUGCAGCAGCAGACUGACUGUACACACCGACGACCGACCGACCGACAGGGUGGAUUUAAAACAAACAAAACAAACACAAACGCCGAGUGCCAAAGCUGGGAUCUGCUGCAUUCUCACUACACUUUUGAAAAAAAAAAAAGGGUUCUUCUUCUUCUUCUUCUUCUUCUUCUUGUAAAUAGGAUAUAUAUGUUUGUUUGAUUUUGUUUUUUUUCCUGUAUUGCUACAGAUUUGUAAAAUUUUGCGGAAAAAAUUUUGUUACAUUUUGUAAAAUGGGAGCAAAUCGUCCCCCUCCGAAACCCUCCUGUUUGUUUUUAAACCCUCUCUCUCGGUUUCUUCUUCUUCUUUUAUUUUAUUUGGACUUUUGAAAAAAAAAAAAAAAACGAUGCCAGCAGUGGUGUGCGUUUUCUUUUCUUUCUUCGUCUGUUUUUGUACUGAACCAGAGUGGAACCACUACAAAAAAAAACACAAAAAAAAAAAGACGGACCAGUUGGCAAUACUUCAGUCACUUCUUCUUCAUCUCACCGGCACUGGACUUCCGCCCGCCACUUCCCCGCUGAGAGGAGGGUGGAGGAAGAGGAGGAGGAGGAGGAGGAGGAGGAGGAGGAGGGAGGAAGAGGGGGGGACUUCGCUUCACAUCAAAUCAGAUUUUAAAAAACAAAACACAAAAAAAGCACCUUUGGACCUUUUUUCUUCUUUUUUUUUUUUUUUUUUUUUUUUUUUACUGUGCUGAAGUGAAGUCAAGUGCUAUUAUUAUAUUAUUAUUAUUAUAUUAUUAUUAUUAUUGUAGCCACUCUGUCUGGAACCCUUUUUUGAAGAAAAAGCAAAGGAAAAAACACACAGAAAAAAAAAAAAAAGCCAAUCUGCACUUCUUGUUCCGACGAACAUGCUUGUAUGACCAAGUGACUGUCGUGGAUCUUUGUUUUAAAACCGAUAAGGAACAAACGAACAAACAACAACAACAACAAAACGCAGUAAAAAAAACUGUCAAAUGGUGGCAAAGCGCAGAAGGAUUCAACGGUAACGAUCACACAACACAAAAAACACCCAGAAU